AAACUCAAAAGUUGAACUACCUAUACAUUUGUUUAGGUUGUUAUAAUGAAUAUUUUUAAGUUAAAAUAAAAAAGCUCUUCUCUUCAGCUUUGAUUAAAUUUAUUUAAAAUGCCAAAACCAACGUGUGUCCAAUGCAAUACGAACGAUUCAUUGCUCUGGCGUAGCGCAGAAUCCGGCCAAAUAUGUAACGAUUGUCACCUUACAAACACUGCUAAUAAAGAAGUAAAACCUGAAGCUAGUACUAUCAAAACCGAGGGGGAAGAUAAAAAGGAAGAGAAAGAAGAUUUAGAAGGUAAAAAUGGCAAAGCUGAAGGGGAAACAACGCCAGCAAAGGCAACUGGGAAAGGUACUCGUAAGAGUACGCGUUCAACGAGAUACAAGGCAAAGACGCCUGCCCCAGCGCCAUCGAAACCGGCAGCGCCUCGUGGAAGAGGUCGACGAAGUAUUUUUAAAAGGCAACCAUUAAAAGCUCCUACAGCAACCGCCACUGUUGUUACAAGUGAAUCUAUAUUUUUUAGGGGCACAUACAUGCAAGUCGGUGACAUAGUCUCAAUGAUAGACAUCGAUGGAGGCACAUACUAUGCUCAAAUCCGAGGUUUCCUAACUGACCAGUACUGCGAGAAGAGUGCUGUCGUCACUUGGUUGUUGCCCACAAAAGCGAGUCCACCUCCUGAGAAAGGAUUUGAUCCAGCUACUUAUAUCAUAGGUCCAGAAGAGGAAUUGCCGCGCAAAUUAGAAUAUAUGGAAUUCAUAAUGCACGCCCCGUCAGACUACUACAAAGCAAGCAACACACCCUAUCCCCUAACAGAAAAUGAAUUAAAUAAUUAUUCAGGAUUUAUUUGGACGACACUGGAACCUAAGGAAAAAACAUAAAUUUAUUUUUUUAGUAUUAUUUAGAUGUUAAUUAAAGAAGUUCUUACGAAA